GCUGAGAAGGUGAAAAACCAAACCCGCGAGCAGCAUGCACUGAUUUCACACGCGCACUGAGUUGGUGGUGCCUUCUGUUUCAAGUAGCAAGGCUUUGAGCAUCCUGUCAUAUCUUCACAUUCAAGCUGAGAGUAAAGUUGAACUUUCCAUAUGAGGCUGCCUAGCAAUUCGACAAAGUGGAAAUUAGAUCAAGCAAAGCAUGAGCCCUUCUAUGUUUUGGAGCUGCCUGCGCUGAAAUGGACUCUUCUACAGUAGUUAUUGCGUUAUUCAUAGGUUUAAAUAGGCAAUGCUUGCAGUAUAAUCUCGUGGAAAAUAAAAUGGCACGAACAUCUGUAAGGAGUGAUCAAGAGUGAGACAACCCAAAGCUUUAAGGAAAUAACAUGUUGUCUGCUUUUCUCAAAGACAUCACAGCAACAGGGACAUGGGUCUCUAUUUUUAGACACCAAUGUUCCGACCAUAAAUGAACAACUUGCUCCUAGAUGUGAUCUGAUAGUGUGCGUUGCACCUGAUCUAGAGUAGCCUACAUCGCUGGAGAACAUGGAACGCCGUUUACCUUAUUCAUUUUCCUCAAGGGUUGCAAAGUGAUGAGAGGUUUCCGGAAAAUCUCCUAGAAAGCGACAUGGGAGACAUAUAACUUUUGCACAAUGGAAUCCAGAACACUUUUAUCUGCUAAUAGAGGUCGCUACUCCUGUGAGACUUUAUGUCGUUUUUUUGUCUUUGAAAUAUAAUUUCACAGCAAUUGUUUGUGUCUGUAAAUUACAAGUUGAGGAAAAGUGUGGACAAAAAUAACUCCGACUAAACCAUUUCAAAAAUAAUAAUUUCAUCCUAUCGAGACCAAAUCUCCUGGGCUUUUAUGGGAAUUAAACACUCCUCCCGCUGUAUGCUGCUCAGGGGGAAAAUGGCGGAGUCUGAGAGCACUGAGCAACAGCAGCAGCCACAGCCAAUCCGCAUCAUCCAAUCUCAGCGCGUGCAGCCCACCUCGCUGCCCAAGCCUGUGCCCUCUGUCCACCAUGUCCCGCGGCCGCCCCAUACUCCCCACGCUGCCUCCCUGCCUAGCUGCCCUGGCCGGGGGAAGAUGGCCAAGUUCCUCAACCCUGAGGAGAUGACCUCCAGGGACUACUACUUUGACUCCUACGCCCACUUUGGAAUCCAUGAGGAGAUGCUGAAGGACGAAGUGAGGACGCUGACCUACAGGAACGCCAUGUACCACAACAAGCACGCCUUCAAGGACAAGAUCGUCCUUGACGUCGGCAGCGGGACCGGCAUCCUGUCCAUGUUUGCAGCCAAGGCGGGAGCCAAGCACGUGUACGGGAUUGAAUGUUCCAGUAUAUCGGAAUACUCUGAGAAAAUCAUCAAGUCUAACCACCUGGACAGUGUUAUUACUAUCUUCAGGGGCAAGGUGGAGGAGGUGGAGCUGCCAGUGGAGAAGGUUGACAUCAUCAUCUCAGAGUGGAUGGGCUACUGUCUCUUCUACGAGUCCAUGCUCAAUACCGUCAUCUUUGCAAGGGACAAGUGGCUGAAACCCGGCGGUCUGAUGUUUCCCGACCGUGCUGCACUGUAUGUGGUGGCCAUCGAGGACAGGCAGUACAAGGACUUCAAAAUCCACUGGUGGGAGAAUGUGUAUGGCUUUGACAUGACCUGCAUCCGUAACGUGGCCAUGAAGGAGCCCCUGGUGGACAUAGUGGACCCCAAACAUGUGGUCACCAACUCUUGCCUGAUCAAGGAGGUGGAUAUCUACACAGUGAAGACUGAGGACUUGUCCUUCACUUCAGCCUUCUGCCUUCAGAUCCAGAGGAACGACUACAUCCAUGCCCUGGUCACCUACUUCAACAUUGAGUUCACCAAGUGUCACAAGAAAACUGGCUUCUCCACCGCCCCUGAUGCUCCGUUCACACACUGGAAACAGACAGUCUUCUACCUGGAGGACUACCUGACCGUAAAGAGGGGCGAGGAGAUCAUUGGCAGUAUUAACAUGAAGCCCAACGAGAAGAACAUACGUGACUUGGACUUCACCUUUGAGCUGGAUUUCAAAGGACAGAUAUGCGAGGCAGCCAUCUCCCACGACUACAAGAUGCGCUAGCUAGGUGUCCAAUAGGGAGAAGCCGGCGCGCUAUGCCGCGCCUGCAGCCCCACAAAUACACAGAGGGAAAGAAGAGGCACCUCUCGACAACAGACAAUAAUGAGGAUGGGAUGGAGGGAGGAGAGGGAGUGCAUUGGAGGGAUCAGAGAGGGUGGGAUGGAGGGAGGAGAGAAGUUCGGAUAGAGGUAGGAGAUGAAGGGAUGAGAGAGGGUGGGAUGCAGGAAUCAGAGAGGAGAUAGAGAGAAUAGAUGAAGGGAUGAGAGAGGAUGGAUGGAGAGAAAUGGAGGGAUAGGGUAGAUCAGAGGAGGCAGGUUAUGAUGAGAGGAGCUCAUCAGUGCAGGGCUGACACUCCAAGCAAUAUCAACAUGCUUACUUUGACACCUCUAACUGGCACGUUACUGUUAGGCCAACUGUUCAGAGGACAACUUUGAAUGUAACACCUUAUGAAGAAUGUUCUAGUCAUUAUGAAUGUUAUUGAUUGAUCUAUACUGCAUGUGAGAGGUGGCAACCAAUGUUAUCUUCUACAGCAAGUUUGGAGCCCAUAUGAUCAAUUACUGUAUUUUUCAGGAACUUCACAUUUAUAUUGCAUAUAAUGAUAAUAUAUAUAUAUAUAUAUCCUACAGUCAGUAGUUAUGAUUUUUAUUCAAAUAGGCUUUUUAAAUGACCCAAUUUUGCAU